AUGAGGGCGAGCCUUGUCCUUGGUGCGAGUUUCGCAUACGGUGUUAUCGCAUCCCCGGUGACUUCUCGUUCUGCUGUCACCGCACCGAACCUCUUCACCUCCUUGUCAAACGCGAUCGACAACCCCGACACAGAAAAGGGCACUUCGGCGACGAUGGCAGAUAUCGUAUCACAGCUGAAGCAAAACCCCGAUAAAACCCCGAAAUCUGCACACUCGGCAUUGUCUACGAUCGAACAAAUUAUGUCCAAUGGGGACGCAUCGAGCAUCGUCGAUUUAGCCAGAGACAUCACCAAGGCCGGGCUCAUCCCGGAAGAUAUUCUGUCGUUGCUGGAUGGAUACUUGGAUAGCGAGAUCAAUUCACUCCAGAAUCAAAAUCCGGUUAUCAACAAGAGCAUCUACCCCUCUGUGGCUGGUGAUGCGCCGUACUCGAUCCCGGAGCACAAGCUCCGGUCGGCUAUAUACAUCCCCGACUCAUUCUCCUACGGUCGCGACGGGAAAACACCGGUACUCCUUGUGCCCGGAACAGGCAUUCCCGGAGGCACCACUUAUUACUUCAGCUUCAGCAAGCUGGGCAAGACUACUGCAGCCGAUGUGGUGUGGGUGAAUCUCCCGCGGGCAGCGCUGUCGGAUGCGCAGCUCAACUCGGAAUACGUCGCCUAUGCGAUUCAGUACCUCUCGGCGCUGUGUGGAGGGCGGAGCGUGGCCGUGAUCGCGUGGUCGCAGGGCAACUUGAACACGCAGUGGGCACUGAAGUACUGGCCGUCAACCCGGAAGGUCGUACAGGACCUUGUAGCGAUGAGCCCUGACUUCCACGGCACUGUGGAACGGUACCUGGUCUGCCCGGCGCUGGCCUUGGCGGUCUGCACGCCCUCUCUCUGGCAGCAGGGAUGGGACACCAAGUUUAUCCAGACGCUGCGUACUGACGACGGCGACUCGGCAUAUGUCCCGACAACGACAGUGUACUCGUCCUUCGACAAUAUCGUCCAGCCCAUGUCCGGUCCCAACGCGUCGGCGCGUCUCGGCGAUGUGCGCAACGUCGGGGUCACCAAUGCCCAUCUCCAGACGGUCUGUGCCGGCCAGCCUGCAGGGGGGUUUUAUACUCACGACGGGGUUCUGUACAAUCCCCUUGCAUGGGCCCUAGCUAUUGACGCCAUCACGCAUGAUGGACCGGCCAGUCUGUCUCGAAUCAAUCUCGCGCAGGUGUGUCAGGGAAUCCUGUGGCCCACCUUGGAUUUGAAGGACAUGUUGGCCACCGAGGGUCUUUUACUCAUUGCGGUGAUGGAGCUUCUCGCCUACCAGCCGCCUGCACUCGACGAACCACCCAUCAAGGAAUACACGAAAAAAAAAUGA